GUUAAAUCUCGAAAUUGACUAGAAGUUGGAAUUCGGUCAACAACGAAUUGACGGGGUUGUUGUUCUUAAUUUGGAUAUCAAAAUAAAAUUAAAAUCACGACAGUAUGACUACUUCCAACCCAUCUCACCUUUUACCUCUUGAACUUGUUGACAAAUGUAUUGGCUCCCGGAUUCACAUUGUUAUGAAGACAGACAAGGAGAUUGUUGGAACUCUGCUUGGCUUUGAUGACUUUGUCAACAUGGUACUUGAAGAUGUUGUAGAAUUUGAAACAACAUCAGAAGGUAGGAGAGUCACCAAACUGGAUGAGAUUCUUUUGAAUGGGAAUAAUAUUACAAUGCUUAUCCCUGGAAGCGAAGGACCAGAAGGUUCAGAUGUUUGAACGUAGGCUCUACUUGAGUGAAUCGACAUUGUACAGCUGAUCACUUGUAUGAUUAAAAAGUUUUCCAAGAAGACAUUUAAUGUGCACUGUGUCAUCUCUUUUGGAAAUACCAAGGGUAGCAAACUGAUGAAUCAUCAGUACUUCAGGACUCAACACCAUCAAUAAUGCUAUCUAUUAUUUGAUUUUGCAACCUUACCCUGUAAAUAUUCUUUUUAUAAAUUAAAGUGUUUAUGUAGCUCCAAGCUUUUAUUUUCUUUUAGUCUUGCAGGUAUUUUUCAGGCCCCGGUCCAACUGACCGGUGCCCAACCAAUGCUGCCAGUCGCUGGGGCAAUUUCCUGCAGACCAGCUAAUGAAAAAAAAGAAGUAAUAACUAGGUUAAGUUUAAAACUGCAAGUAAAUUUUAAAAAGUUUUUGUAAUUUUAAUCCUUUAAUUGCUAUUCAAGUCCAAACACUACAUUGCAAAUGCUAUUGGUUGUGACAAUUCCUUAUCUUUACAAAGUACUCAAUUGUCAAACACCUGAAAUCUCACAAGAUGUAAUACUCUCUCUUCUCUCUCCCUUUCUUCAUUACUUAGGAGUGGUAAUAUCAUAGUAUUAGUAAUUGAAAUUUUUGAUUAUUUCAAAAUUUACCCUCCCAAAUGGCCUUUACACAUGUUUUAUUUUGUUCAACACAAAA